UCUUCUCCUGCAUUAAUGUCUCAUGUCCUCUCACUCUGCAGGGAGUGGUUCUUCCUGCUGUCUCACGAGGUGCUGAACCCCAUGUACUGUUUGUUUGAAUACGCUGGCAAGAACAACUACUGUCUGCAGAUCAACCCAGCCUCCUCCAUCAACCCCGACCACCUCACAUACUUCCGCUUCAUUGGACGCUUCAUCGCCAUGGCUUUGUAUCAUGGAAAGUUCAUCGACACCGGCUUCACGCUGCCAUUCUACAAGCGAAUGCUCGACAAGAAACCCACGCUGAAAGACCUGGAGUCCAUAGACCCUGAGUUUUAUAACUCCAUCAUGUGGGUCAAAGAAAACAACCUGGAGGAGUGUGGCGUAGAGCUGUAUUUUGCACAGGACAUGGAGAUCCUCGGGAAGGUUUCCACUCACCAGCUGAAAGACGACGGAGAGAACGAGCUGGUCACAGAGGAAAACAAGGAAGAGUACAUCAGCCUGCUGACAGACUGGAGAUUCACUCGUGGAGUGGAGGAGCAGACCAAAGCCUUCCUGGACGGCUUCAACGAAGUGGUCCCUCUGGAGUGGCUUCGCUACUUUGACGAGAAGGAGCUGGAGCUGAUGCUGUGUGGGAUGCAGGAGAUCGACUUGGCCGACUGGCAGAAGAACACCAUCUAUAGACACUACACCAAGAACAGCAAGCAGAUCCACUGGUUCUGGCAGGUGGUGAAAGAGAUGGACAACGAGAAGAGAAUCCGUCUGCUUCAGUUUGUAACGGGAACCUGUCGGCUGCCUGUCGGAGGCUUCGCUGAGCUCAUAGGAAGUAACGGUCCCCAGAAGUUCUGCAUAGACAAGGUGGGGAAGGAGACUUGGCUUCCAAGAAGCCACACAUGCUUCAACCGUCUGGACCUGCCGCCCUACAGAAGCCUGGAGCAGCUCCGAGAGAAACUCCUGUUCGCCAUUGAGGAGACGGAGGGAUUUGGACAGGAGUGAUGCAGGAAACGGAUGCGAGACAGCUAAAAGAGAACACUUAAUUCAAUGGGAUAGUUUUUUGUUAUUAAUAUAUAUAAUUUUGCAUUUGUUAAUCACAGGGCUGAGAAAUCACCUGUCAUCUUUAGCCCCUCACCUGGAGGGGAUCAUGUUUGUGAACUGAAUCAUGGCAUAAAGGCGGAGCUGGGAGAUGGAGACACAAGAACAUAGAGGAAAAGUGUGAAUGCUUUCUUGUGUGUAUGUGUGUGGUUGCUCACAUUAAUGCCAUUGUGUAUAUGCAUAUAAAUGGUGUGUAUGUCUACGUGGGUUGGACAGGAUGGCACAUACAGAGAAUUAUAUUUGACUAGAGUCUCACCCCCACAUAUACACCUACUCACUGCUUAGAAACGCACCGAACCCAGACAACAGGAUAGUUUUAAUGUCAGCAGCGACUCACAACAGCACAGCUACCCGCAAAAUGCAGUAUAACAUAUCUACCAGAGAGAAAUACAUUUUUUAACAUUUUAAGGUGAUGAAAGAGAGAGAGAGAGCUGGAGAGUGUGAGAGACAUAGAGGCAGCGUGUGAGUGCAUGUGUGUGUCCAUAUACGAGAGACAGAGAGCUGUUAUCAUGACCUAGUGCGCCUCUGUUACAGAGGCUAGAGAGAUGAGAUGUGAUCUUAUUUUUUAUUUUUCUGUUACUUGUGAAAUUCAGCAUUUUUCUUCUGUACAUAACUAAAAUAAAUGAGAUUUCAAUCUUGA